AUGAAUGCCAUUUUUGUAAUCUUGAAGACUAUUUCUUCUCUUUAGGGUUGUAGCAGUUCCAACAAUGGUGGAUGACAUACAUCGAGCAGAUUAUUGUAAAAUCACUCCGGCUAAGUUCUCUGGAAGUAAAGAAGUUGUGCCUCUUCACUUUCGAAAGGUUCGAAUAUCCUCAGCCAACAUUUCAGAAACUAAUGAAAGAGCAGGUCAUGGAGCCUUUCUUUGUAUUCCAGGUCUUUUGUGUGGGUUUAUGGUGCUUAGAUGAAUACUGGAACCUAUUAUUCUGCUGUAAUUGAGAACCGUGCUGAUUUUCUUGGUCGCGUAGUGGUUGAUGUUGGCGCUGGUAGUGGCAUUUUGUCAUUAUUUGCAGCCCAGGCUGGUGCAAAGCAUGUUUAUGCCAUAGAGGCUUCUGAAAUGGCCGACUAUGCAAGAAAACUUAUUGCUGGAAAUCCAUCACUGAAUGAAAGAAUUACAGUAAUCAAAGGAAAGGUCGAAGAUGUAGAGUUACCUGAAAAAGCUGAUAUUUGAUCUCUGAGCCAAU